AUGAGAGCCUGGAUUGCACUUUUGUUGUUGGCAAGGCUUAUCGAUUUAUCCAUGACACUAUCAACCAACACUUUGACCUGGCUAAAUUACCUGCGCAACCGGCCAUAUGGUCAUGGUUAUGGCAGAAGUCACAGUUACAAUCAUGCCUCCUUAAGAACAGAAGAUGAGCCUUCUGUGCUGGACUGCCCCUUGGAGUGCAACUGCCCUUCAGCCUACCCCUAUGCAAUGUACUGUAACAACCGCAAACUACAUCACGUACCAUUUGUACCAUCUCAUAUAAAGUAUGUCUACUUGCAUAAUAACCAUAUCACAAGCAUCACAAAUGGAGUUUUCGACAGCGCCCCAAAUUUGGCUUGGAUCAGCCUCCACUCAAAUAAGCUGAGCUCUGACAAGAUUAGCGACAAAGUCUUUGCCAAGCUACCAAACCUACAGCGCCUCUUUUUGCACAACAACAACCUGAGUCUUGUUCCACAAGGUUUACCUCGCUCCCUAAGCGAUCUACAUAUGAAUCACAACAAUAUCUCUGUGGUCCCAGCCCAUUCCUUCAGGGGAAUGAGCAACCUGACUGCCCUGCAUCUCCAAAUGAAUGCUAUUGAAAACCUUGGUAGUGCACUCGAGGGCCUACUAUCCUUAACUCUUUUAGACAUGCGAGCAAACCGAUUGAAGAAGAUUCCAGAAAGCCUGCCGCCAAAGCUAACCCAACUCUACCUCGAGUACAACCUAAUAUCCAGCAUUCCUGCUGACUUUCUAAGCCACCGGCCUGAGCUGCGCUUUGUACGGCUGUCGCACAACCAGCUCACCAAUGGUGGAAUUCCAGCCAAUGCUUUCAAUGUCAGCACACUUGUGGAACUCGAUUUGUCCUUCAACAAGUUGGAGAGGAUCCCCACUAUCAGCACCAAUCUAGAGAACCUCUAUCUGCAGGCCAACAAGAUCAAAGAAUUUUCAUUAAGCAGUUUUUGCAGAGUUGUGGACACGAGCAACUACUCUAAUCUGCGUGUAUUGAGGUUGGAGGCCAAUGAAAUUAGCCCUCGAGACAUUCCCCCCUGA